AUGGCUGGUGCAAACGCACAAACCGUUCCAUUACUUCAUCAGUCGUACAAAAAUCCGAACUUUGCUGGGAAUUUGUUAAAUUCGGACAACAUCUUGGAUUAUUUUUGUGAUCCUGCAAACAUUUUUUACGAUCAGUCAUCUUGUAAUCAGCAAGUGAAAAUGCAGAACUUGAAUCGGCCAUUAAAUGAAUGUCUUCAGUCCAUGAACGGGAUACAGUAUACAUUGGUGGGUUCUAAUCCUCCUUUAUUUGUAAUCAUGAAGCAAAGAAGAAAUAGCCCUACUAAUGUUACUCCUCUCUGCUAUUAUUAUAUUGUCAAUGGAACCGUUUAUCAGUGUCCAGAUUUAUAUACCUUCAUUCAGUCGAAACUGAUUGGUAUUGUACAUCCUUUGCGUCAGGCGCUUGAAACCGACGAGGUUGAGGAAGAAAGUCCAUUGACAGCUAGGAGCACGUAUUACCAACGGACUCGGACAGCACUUAUAAUUCAGGAUCUUUUUAAAAAGUUUCCUCUUCCAGAAGACGUGGUAAGUGGUCCUUUAAUUGGUAGAAAAUAA